AUGAAAUUAAUAUUAUUUGUAAUAACUAUUUUAUUAAUUCUAAAUAAAUUUUUAUUAAUAAAUGGAUUACCAGCAACAAUAUGUACACCACCAAUAGCACUUUAUGAUACAUCAAAUGCAACAACAGUUGUUGGGAAUGGAGCAUCAUCAUCAUGUAAUGAAACGGCUUUAGCAAUUGCACUAAGUCUUGGUGGAAUAAUAACAUUUAAUUGCAGUUUAACUGGCCAACCAGUAACAAUUGAUAUUCAUAAUCAAUUAAAUGUUUCAAGAGCGACCGAUACAAUUAUUGAUGGUGGUGGUAUAAUUACAUUAAACGGAUUAGGUUUAACAAGAAUUUUAAACUUUAAUCUCAACAAUUUUCUUUACGACACGCCAGUAUUAACAGUUCAACGUUUAACAUUUGUAAAUGGUCACUGUCAAGAUAGUAAUGGUGGUUGCGCAAUAUUUCAAGCAAAUGGAGGAACAACAGUUGUUAUUAAUUCCAUAUUUGAAAAUAAUGUCGGGCCUGUUGUUGGACAAGAUACGGCUGGUGGUGCUAUUUGGACCAUCGGUGGAGGAACGACAACUAUUAUUGGAAGUAUGUUUCUAGAAAAUCAAUGUUCAAAUGGAGGUGGACUUGGAAUUCUUGGAAGUGGUUUAAUUAUGGUUAAUUCGUAUUUUCAAGGAAAUCAAGCAACUGGAAAUGGAGGAAAUCCAGGAAAUGGUGGAAACGGCGGGGCUAUUAGUUUUGAUGGUCUAGGAAGAAAUAAUUCGAUUUGUGGAACAAGAUUUACAGGAAACCAAGGAAAUAAAUUUGGUGGAGCCUUUUUUCGGGUUGCUUAUAAUGGAAGCGAAAGAAAUGAUUUUAACCAAGUUAUUGUUGAUAAUAAUUGGAUACCAGCAGCUUCAAAUGGGCUGGCUGGUGGUUUAUAUAUUCAAGGUAGUAUGGCAACAAUCACAUAUUCAUCUAUUGUUGGUAAUGCAGCAAGCGGUGCUGGUGGAAUCUUUUUUGCUAAUCAAGGAUUAGUCAUAUUAAAUUCAGUUAGUUUAAUUGGCAAUCAAGCUUAUACUGGAUUAGGUGCUGCUCUUUCUUGUACGAAUCCUGUUUCUGGAACAUUUACAAAUCUUAUUGUUGCUAAUAAUUAUGCCGGAGCUUUUGCUGCUGCAUUUGCUGGCUGUUCAACAACAAUAACACUGUCAAAUACAGUUAUUGCAAAUAAUACUGUUGGAAAUCCAUGGCCAGCUAAUGCUUGUUCUACUCCUAUGAGUGAUGGUUCAGGUGUUGUUCAAUCACCUAUUGGUAAACAAGCACCAGCUUCAGGUCAAGAUGCUCUUUGUACAAAUGGAUCUGUCAUUGGGCUUAAUAAUGUUACUGUUAUCUUAAAUGAAACAAAUUGGCAAAUUCAAGUUAUUGGUGCGCAAUCAUCAUAUAUGGGUCCAUCAUCGAAUUUAUCUGUAACUACUUAUUCUCAAAUAUCAACUGCAUCAUCAACUCCAUCCUCAACUCCAUCCUCAAAUCAAUCCUCAAAUCAAUCAUCAACCCAUUCAUCAGCUAUUACUACAUUUAAUUCUUCAUUUUUUAUUCAUGUCAUUUCUAUUCUUUUUAUUUUUUUUUUAAUUGUGAGAGACGUUCAAUGA